GCAGCGGUGUGCAGGAGUACAGCGUGCAGACUGGCCACUGACGUGCUGUGGGAUUGAACACACACACACACUGAGACACACACAUGCACGGACACACACACACACACCCCUGAGGAGUGUAUGAGACAUGCCCAGGCUGCCGUCCAUGGACACACACACACUGGCAGGGCACCAGAGCGGAGAUACAGCAGCAGACCCCCGAGCCUGAGGAGGAGAGCAUGGAGAGCAGCAUGUUCUUUGGUAACACGUGUCAAAAUGGCCUCUUGCCGGCGCUGAUGCGUCCCAGCCUGCCCAGCAUCCAGGCCGCACUGGGCAUGAAGCAGUUCCUGCCCUUCCCACUGGAGACGGCCUCGGCGGUCAGCCUGUUCCCGGGAUUCAACACGAUGGACCCGGUGCAGAAAGCCGUCCUCCAUCACACCCUCGGCCUCCCGCCCACCGCCAAGAGGAGGCACGUCUCCUGCAGCGUCUGCCAGCUGAGGUUUAACUCGCAGAGCCAGGCCCUGGCCCACUACAAGGGGACCAAACACGCCAAGAAGCUAAAAGCCCUGGACACUCCGAAGACCAAGCUCAAAGGCUCCCUGGUCACGAGGGACACCCCCAUGCAGGAGCUGGCCAAGUGCAUCACCACCUCGCAGGUCUCCAACGGCACCGACAGCAAAGAUAUCAUCCCUGACGCUGUGGCCCUCCCGCUGUCCCCCGUGCUCAGAACGGCACAGCUCUUCGCGACCCCCAUGAUGCCGGCCCCGGCCCCCCCGCCCGUGGCCCUGCCGAUAGUCCCGAUCAGCGCGGCAGCACCAGCCCCGGAGUCUACCUCAGCCGCCGGAGGGGACGAGCAGCAGCUGGACCUCAACUCGCCCUCGGAACCGGACCUGGAGCCCGAGGCCGAACCCGAACCCGAGGCCGAGACGGACCCGGAGUCGGAGCAGGAGAAGGCUCAACGUCUCCUCUACUGCUCGCUGUGCAAAGUGGCCGUCAACUCGGCCUCACAGCUGGAGGCUCACAACAGCGGUACGAAGCACAAGACGAUGCUGGAGGCCCGGAGCGGCGUGGGCUCCAUCAAGUCCUUCCCCCGGCCGGGAGUCAAGAGCAAAGUGGCCACGGUGACCAAAUCGGCCACGGGUCUUCAGAACAAGACGUUUCACUGUGAGACGUGUGACGUGCACGUGAACUCAGAGACUCAGCUCAAACAGCACAUCAGCAGCCGGCGCCAUAAAGACCGAGCGGCAGGUAAACCAGCCAAACCCAAAUACAGCCCCUACAGCAAACCACAGAAAGGCCCGACCAAGCAGCCGAUCACAUUGACCUUGGGGAAGGAGCGUCAGUGUCAACCUCUGAGCGCCCAGAUGCUCCCGGCUCACCUGGCAGCAGUGGCCGCCGCCAUCAGCAACGCUUUCACCCACCGCACGAACCACGCCUCGAACCUCGCCCCGCCCCCCUCCCUCUUCCAAACGCAGCCCCUCCCUGCCGCUCUGCUCCGCCCCGCCCCCGGGCCUGUCAGGACCUCCCACCCACAAAUCCUAUUUGCCCCUUAUUGACCCGGUGGACCCCGAGCGGAGCCGCUCCACCGCCGGUCAAGGACAAAACCACGUGCUUCACCCAAACCAGGCCGGGGGAGUCGUGUAGGCGCCUGGGGAACUGAACAUCUUCACGCCGACCUCCGACCUCUCACCUCUCCUCAUGUGGAUUAACCUUCAUUCGUCGCCGAGCUGAUCGACAGCGAAGCAUCGGGCUCUUUGUCUCCUGACGGAUUUAUUACUCUGAUCCAAACGGACGACCUGGACUCGACAUGCUUCCUGUGCCAUCCUACCGCCAGACCUGGACCUACAUUGUCCCGCAAUAAUGUAUAAGACGAAUCCUGUGAACUAUGCAGUGUCAUUAUUUCAUGAUGUGAGGCCCAGUUGGAGCUAGACGUGCGGUAGGGAAAUGCUUUUCGUACAGAUACAGCGUGGCACUAAGAUCGUUGCUUUAGUGGAGGGCUGCCGUCGCUCAUAAUUUAAAAAAGGCCGUUACUGAUGGAGCGAGCGAGGCCCCCCUCUCUUCCUGUAUGCACUUUAAGCCCCUCCUCUGUUGAUGUCUACAUUAGAUGGCUAGACUGUGUUAGAUGGUUAGAGUACAUGUUGUGUUGUGUGUUUCUGUCCUCACAUUAUCCGUGUGUGUGUGCGUACUUCUGUGUGUGUGUGUGCGUGUGAGUGUGUGAGUGUGUGUGUGUGUGUGUGAGCUUCCCAGCCACCAUAAGCCAUGCCAGUCGAUAUCCAGCACACAUCGUCACUGAUCAUGUCUCAGGCCAAAGGGACCACAAAGGCUUGUGUAUAUUAUCCGUACGUGUGUAAAAGGUGAACAAUUUCCAAUAAAAAAGAGUCCUAAUUUGUUAACGCU